AUGAAACGUUCACAGCCGAGGAAAGAAGAGGGAAGAGGAGUUCCAGCGGAAGAUGCAGAGUAUCAUGGAGAAGACCAGGGACCGCCUCCCACGAUGUCCCGACGUUCCAUGAUCGUUGCAGCGGGCUGCGGUGCCACGUUGUUGGCAGCUCCCGGCUUCGUGGCCCCCGGUGCCCCACAGCGCACCACGACGGAGCGCACCACGACGGAGGAAGGGCUGAGAUCGGUGCUGAGGGAAGCAACCGCCGCACCACGUGGAUCAGGAGCUUCCCUGGGCGCCGUUGCCAUGCUGGGCGGCUGCACUGCCCUGGCUUUGGCCGGGCGCCGGGCGAGGCGCGGGAACUCCCGGGCCGCGACUGCCACAGCGCGGGCCGCGGAGGGACCGGUGCUGACGCUCGGGACGCGAGGAUCGCCCUUGGCCCUGGCGCAGGCCUAUGAGGCCAAGAGACGUUUGGGUGAGGCCUUUCCAGAGCUGGCCGGUGAUGAUGCAGUUGAGAUCAGGAUCAUCUCCACCACAGGAGAUCAACGCCUGGAGAUUUCCUUGGCAGAGAUUGGUGGCAAAGGUCUCUUCACUCGAGAGCUUGAUGUGGCCCUCGCCAGCAAGGAGGUGGACUUCUGCGUCCAUUCCACCAAGGAUGUGCCGACAGAGCUCAUUCCAGACACUGAGCUGUGCACCAUGUUGCCACGAGAGGACACCAGAGACGUGCUGAUCAGUGGAGACCCAGAGAAGAUCACUUGCAUCGAGGACUUUCCUGAUGGAAGCUUGAUCGGCACUGCGUCCCUGCGACGACAGGCGCAGAUUUACAGCAAGAACCCGAACGUGAAAUGCGUCAACUUCCGAGGGAACGUGCAGACCAGGCUGAGAAAGCUUCAAGGUGGUGAUGUGAAGGGAACAUUUCUGGCCUAUGCUGGCUUGAAGCGAAUGAGCAUGGAGGAACAUGCCACCAAAGUCCUGGAAUGGGAUGAGAUGCUCCCAGCCAUUGCCCAAGGUGCCAUUAGCUUCCAAUGCCGCUCGGAUGAUGAGCGCGUCUUGAACUACUUGAAGCCCCUGUCGCACGACGACACCUUCCAGGCCGUUACCUGCGAAAGAGCUUUCCUGGCAGCCUUGGAUGGAAAUUGCAAGACGCCCAUUGCAGGUCAGGCGAAGGUGAUCGACGGCGAGUUGCACCUCAAGGGCCUGGUGGCGUCGCCCGAUGGGCAGAAGAUCUUCCGCUGCGAGCGCAAGGGCAAGGUGUCCGAGGCCACUGAGAUUGGAACGGAUGCGGGGCUGGAAAUCCGAAAAGAAGCGGGAGAGGCGUUCUUCCAAGAGAUGCAGGAAAUGGUGGGCCUGACAUUUGAACCAUUGUGGCUGGGAAACCGGCUGCGCAGCUUUUGGCGAUCGCACGCCGUAGGUCGGAGGGACGAUCGAGAAGACCGGGAGGACCGGGAACGCUCGGCCCGGCGCGAGCCGCGAGAACCGCGAGAACCGCGCAGCGAUGAUCGGCAAAGAGAACGCGUGAACGAUCGCGACAGAGGCGAACGCCUUGGCGAUCGCGGUGAUCGUGGUUACCGAGACCGGAACGACCGGGCCGGCAACCACCGGAACGACCGCGAUCGACGGGACCACAGAGACCAGCGGGACCAGCCCGAGAGCCGCCGCCGGCGUGGCGAGGCAGAGCAGGAGGAUGACCGUGCCAAGCGCCGGCGAGAGGACGAACGGAGACGUGGUUCCGCCGAUGAAGAGUCCCGGCGUCGCGACGAGCGCCGUCGCGACGACGAGCGACGCGACGAGCGGCGCGACCGAUCGGAGAGGCGCAAAGAAGAUGAUGGAGAGAGAAAGAGAAGAGAGGAGCAGGAAAGAAUAAAGAGAGAGGAGGAGAAACGAAAGAAAGAAGAGGACAUGCGACGUCGCGAAGAAGAGCUUCAAAAGAAGCGCGACGAAAAGCGCCGCGUGGAAGAGGAGGAACGCAAGAAAGUUGACGAGGAAAGAAGAGCCAAACUGGCGGAGGAAAGAAAAAGAGACGAGGAGAGGCGCAAGGAAGAAGAGGAGCGAAACAAGGAGGAGAUGGAGCGCCGGCGACGUGAGGAGUGGCAACGGCACGAGGAAGAACUCCAGAGGAAGGCUGAGGACGAGAAGAAGAGGGCAGAAGAAGAGCAGAAACGCCGGGAAGAGGAAGCUCAAGUCUUGCGACAGCAGCAGGCGACCCUUUCGGUUCUGCGUGUUCUGCAGAAGCUCUCCAACGCCAGCAGAUGA